AUGCGGCAAAUAUAUGCGCCACCAACUUUAGCACCUAAACAACCACCUGUUGUAACUAAUUUACUAAAUUCUUCAAUAACAUCACCCAACAAUAGUAUUAUGCCUAUGAGACUAUCAUAUCGUCCAAAUUCAUUUCGUCAUUAUAUUAGUCAACAACCGAUAAUUAUAAAACCAAUUCGAGGACGUGAAUUAUUUAUUCGUUCAAUACGUCGUAUAAUUGAACAAAUUCGUGAGAAAAAACAACGUAUGCAAAAUGACCAACAAUUAUUUUCAACAUAUAAAGAAGCAAUAAAUAUUUUUCAUGAUUUAACAUUUAUGAAAUGUGUUUUAUUAAAAAAGAAAUUAUUAGAUUCAAAUAAUCGAACAUGGACUAUUGAAUUUGCACGUGAAGGUGGUUUACAUACAUUACUUUCUUAUCUUGAACAUACUACACAGAAAAUUUUAUCACUUGUUGAUGCUAUACUUAUUAAUGAAAUAUUACAAUGUCUUCGUGCAAUGAUGAAUAUUAGUGAAUUAUUUGAACAUAUUGCAUCAAAUCCACAAUAUAUCGAUUUAAUAGCAAAAGUUUUAAAUGUCCAAUCAGCUGAAAUUCGUAUGCGUGUUUUUGAAUUAUUAACUGCAUUAUGUGUUUAUUCACUCGAUGGUUAUGAAUUAGUUCUUAAAGCAUUACAAGAUUUUCAGAAAAAUCAAACAGUUGAGAAAAAUAACAAAUUAUCUAAUGUAUUUGCUGUUAUUCUUGAACAACUUAAAUUUGCCGUUAUGGCUAAACAUAAAUGGUCAGCUAUGGCUUUACUCAAUAGUAUUUUAUCAUCAACUGAAGCUAUUGGAAAACGACUUUCUUAUAGAAAUAUACUUUAUUCAAAUGAUAUCAUAUCAAUAUUAGAACAAGCACGAAAUGAUGAUGACGUUGAUCUUAAUUUUCAAAUUGACCGUUUUUUUGAAGAUCAAAAAGAUGAUGAGGAAGAAUUUUUCGGACAUUUUGAUUCCAAUGAUGUACAAGCUGUUUAUCAAGCUAUUCAGUUACAAUUAGCAUCUAGUUCAAAUGAAUCAGCACUUUUUCUUACAACAAUGCAACUUUUAUAUUCUACUUUAACAUCGUCAAAUUCCAAUGAACGACAAAAAAUUCUUCAAUCUCUUCUUCGAUCUAUUUCUGAACCAAUCGAAAAAGUUUCCGAGAAAAAAAUAAUCAUCGACCAAGCAUCACAAACAGAUGCAAUUCUCGAAUUCAAUACUAAAUCUUCCUCUACUUAUCAACAAGUUCCAACAUUUACUCCAGUCAUUACCAAUGAAAAAUCUUUAGAAAAGCCUUGCGAUACUCAAUCAACUUCCAUAUUAAUCAAUACAGAAAAAUCCAUCAAUAUUCAAUCUCCUGCAAAUGAGUCAUCUGUUUCUGAAACAAUUAUCCCGCCACCACCACCUUCUCUACUUCCAAUUAAUGUGCAAGCAGACUCUUCUCCUAUAUCAACAUCACGAAGCGGGGCAGAAGUACCGCCGCCAGCACCACCAAACAUUUCAGGCGGAAUACCACCACCUCCUCCGCCACCACUACCAGGCUUUCUCGGAGGACCUCCGCCACCACCACCACUGCCACCAGGCUUUCUCGGAGGACCUCCACCACCGCCACCAGGCUUUCUCGGAGGACCUCCACCUCCACCACUCGGACAGUUUGGUGACAAACCACCUGCUGUUGGCCGUUCUAUUUUAGUUGAUAGUAUUCCUAAGCCGAAGGGCAAAAUGCGACGGUUACAAUGGAAAAAACUACCACAAACUAUUCUUACUACUAGUCAAUUUUGGAUGGAUGUUAAUAAAAACGCUGAUACGCAGAUUGAUUUUUCACAACUUGAAGAUUGUUUUAAAGUUAAUAACGAAACUAGCAACACAGUAUUGCAAACAAAAAUUAAAACAAUAAAUAUUUUACCUUGUAAUCGAUCCAUUGCUAUAAAUGUUUUCUUAAAAAAAUUCAAUAUUACUGAACUUCAACCAUUCAUUAAAUCUCUUCAAGAUUCAAAAUCAAAUCUUAAUGGUGAAUGUCUUCGAAUGUUACUUAAAGUUUUACCAACUGAAGACGAAAUUAAUCUUGUUCAUGAUUAUCCACGAGAAAAUUGGACAUUACCAGAAGAAUUCAUUCAUGAAAUUGGUUUAAUUUUAUAUUAUGGAUUUCGUGUACGAACACGUAUUCUUAUUACUGAAUUUGAUGAAACAUUUGAUGAUUUUAAACGAAAAUAUGAAAGUAUUAUUAAAGUAAUUAAUUUUCUACAGCAUGAUUCAUCUAUUAAACAAUUAGCUCGUUCACUUCUUUCAGUUGGAGAUUUUCUUAAUUAUGGUUCAUAUGCUGGUAAUGCAUUUGGUUUCCGACUUGAUAUUCUCAAGCAACUUCAUGAUAUUCGUUCAAGUGAAAAUAAAAAUUUACUUGGUGUUCUUCUCGAAGGUUCACCAGAAAAUUUUAAAUUUAUCGAUAAUCUCAAACCAUUACUCGUCAAUGAUAUACAAUUAAAAUUAGUAAAGUCAGAAUAUAUGGAUUGGAAACAUAAGAUUGAUAAUGGUCUUAUACAAAUAAAUUCAAUUGAAGAUAAACAAAUCAAUGAACAAUAUAAAUCAUUUUAUGAACAAUCAAAUAUAAAAUUAAAUCAUAUUCUUGAACCAUUAGUAAAUCAAUGUGAAAAACAAGAAAUAGAAUUAUUGAAAGAAUUUGGUGAAACAGAUUUAAAUGAAUUUAAUUAUGAUACAUGUUGUACUAUAUUUCAACAAUUAAUUGAAAAAGUUGAAAAAGAAAAAAAAGAACGAGCAAAAUGUUUCACAUCGAACAAAAUAUUAUUAAAUUCAACUAAAUCAGUAUCUGAAAAACUUAUUUUAAAUAAUGAUAAAAUUAACAAUAAAUUAGCAGAUAAUAAUUUUAUGGAUUCACUUAUAACAGAAUUUAAACAAAAGAAAUUUGCUACCGUACCCACUAGACGACAUCGACCUCGUCCAGAUCUUUCGGGUCUCAAUGAUCGGGAAGUCAAAUAG